GUGACAGGUGAGGAAUGAAAACAGAGUGCCUGGGCGAUGCCAUUUCCUUGAGGCAGGGCCCAUUCUCUUAUAAAAGCCAGCUGGCCACUGCCUUCACACCAGACCCAAGCAACCAGACAACCCAUCCUCUGUGUGCCAGACCCAGCCACGUUGAAGCAUGAGUUCUCAACAGCAGAAGCAGCCCUGCACCCCACCCCCUCAGCUUCACCAGCAGCAGGUGAAACAGCCUUGCAAACCUCCACCCCAGGAACCCUGCCACCCCAAGGUGCCUGAGCCCUGCCACCCCAAGGUGCCAGAACCCUGCCACCCCAAGGUGCCUGAGCCCUGCCAACCCAAGGUGCCUGAGCCCUGCCACCCCAAGGUGCCUGAGCCCUGCCACCCCAAGGUGCCAGAACCCUGCCCCACAAAGGUCACUCCAGCACCGGCCCAGCAGAAGACCAAGCAGAAGUAAGGUGGUCCACAGCCCAGCCCUGGAGGAGCCGAGCACCAGAUGCUGAGCCCCCAUCCUGCUCUGUUUAUGAGUCCCAUUUGCCCAUACACCUUGCAAUUAGCAUGCUGUCAUCCUGAGUCAUGAUGCCUUCCUGUUUGCACUUGUAAAAUUAUAUCUCUGGAGAGCUUCUGAGCCUGUGAAUAAGGCAGAAAUUCUGACUGGGGGAGCUGGUCUUCCUUUCAGUUGCUCAGGGUUCAUCUGAAGAGAGGUUUGGGGAGGGAUCAAGUAAUAUUCCAUGCUCUUUCUCCAAUAAAUAACAUUUUAACUACA